AUGUUCGCCUCCCUCUUCACCCUUGCCGCCCUUGCCGCCACCGCUGUUGCGCAGAUCACCAUCAACACGCCCACGGGCGCGCUCGGUGCUAUCCAGUGCGAGGUCUACCAGGUCACCUGGACUGGUGGCAGUGGCCCCUUCGACAUCCGUCUGCUCGACAGCGCGCAGAACUUUAUUGAAGAGAUCGACGCUUCGGCGACGUCGAGCCCGGUGCAGUGGACCGUGAACCAGGCCGCCGGCACCGUCCUCUUGUUCUCCAUCCACGACUCGACCGGCACCACGGCUACCACCGCCCAGUUCACCGUCCAGUCCUCCUCGAACACCGCCUGCCUUGGCGCUUCCGCCUCGGGCUCCUCCACCGCCGCGGCAUCUUCCGCGGCAUCGUCGGCGGCAAGCAGCGCGUCUAGCGUCCCCGCCAGCUCGAGCUCGGCUUCUUCGGCCGCCGUGUCGAGCGUCUCGUCCAUCCCUGCCUCGGUCUCCAGCGCUGCGUCGUCGGCUGCUUCGGUCGCAUCCUCUGUUGCCGCCUCUGUUACGCGCUCGGCCAGCUCUAUCAUCGCAUCCGGCACUUCCGCUGCCGCAUCUGGCACGUCCGCCGCUGCAUCGCAGACCCAGAGCAGUGCCGCGUCGGUCGUUGCACCCGCCGGCUUCCUCGGCGCCGUCGUCGCCGGCCUCCUCGCGCUCGCCGCAUAA